GCUGCAGUGCGGGACGGGGCGGCCGCGGCAGGAUGGCGGUGGCGGGCAGAGGGGCUGCGGCCGUGAAGCCCAUCUUCAGCCGGGACCUGGUCGAGGCCAAGCGGCGCGUGAGGGAGCUGUACCGCGCCUGGUACCGCGAGGUGCCCAACUCGGUGCACCUGUACCAGCUGGACAUCACGGUGAAGCAGGGCCGCAACAAGGUGCGGGAGAUGUUCAUGAAGAACGCCCAUGUGACGGACCCGCGGGUGAUCGACAUGCUGGUCAUUAAGGGGAAAAUGGAUCUUCAAGAAACCAUAAAUGUAUGGAAGCAGAGGACACACGUCAUGAGGUAUUUUCAUGAGACGGAAACCCCACGACCUAAAGACUUUCUGUCCAAAUUCUAUGAAGGCCACGAUCCAUGAAGCAGAUUCUGUGUCUUCCUGUCUUGUAUUACAAAUAAAGUUCUACAUGAUACAAAAAAAUCUGUACAGACAGAUUGUAUACCAGCCUACGAGACUAUUCAAUAAAUCUGAAUCUGGUAUUUAUGCAA